UCCCGCUUCAGGACAGUCUGGUGAACUCGGGAGGGGAAGCGCUGUUCAAACUCCAGGAUUUACACUCUGCCAUUUUGAGGAAAACCGGCCGACAGCGAGAGUGCGGACGCGUCCCUGAAACAGAAGUCAUGACCCGAGUUAGUGAACGCGCCCUGUGAAUCUAUUGUUCUGGGGGAGAUGAGGCUUCAACAAUUUUGAAAAGCAGCUUCUUCUCCAUGGCCGAGUGAGCCUGACGUUGGUGAGAGUAGAGCUGCCGACGCAUCAAGAAACACACUGUGCUGGACUGGCGGGGUAAUUAACAAACAGGAGCUGUUUCUCCCUCUUUGAUAAAUGGACUCGCUCAGCUUUCCAGGGAACUGAUCCAUUCAAGAGCAUAUGAGAACGCUUCAGGGGGCCAGUUGACCCAGCAAAGGAGGAAUUGCUGAUUUGAACUGGCUAUCCGCCCUCUCCAGCCAUGUGUUCCACAAAUCACUCAAACUGGGUCACAUUUGAAGAUGACAGUACACCUUUCUCGUCACCUCAAAAGCCCCUCCAGUCACCAGGCCUUAUCAAAGCCUCGGUACCACGUCCCAAUGGUCUGAAAUUAGUCCCUCCCCCAAUCAGAGACACCUCCUGGAGCUUCAACAGUUCUCUGGAGUCGCCUCAAAGCCACGCCAGCCUUAGUGGAAGUUCCUGUGUACCAUGCAACACACCCUCUUGCACCCCUGUGAGUGGCGUUCCUGGCACUGCGUCCCCAUUUCACUUCAACACGGGGGAAAAGAACGACUUCUUCCGGAGUUUCUCCAGCACCACCUCGGUUCCCUCGCCUGCUCCAGAGGAGGGCCCACGCCCUUUCCCUUCUUUCCAGGGCAGCUCAGGACACUACAACCCCUUCUGGGAUGGAUCUGGACACAGUGCCGAUGUGGACAGCUCCUCCUCGGACUCGGAAGCUGAAAAAAGCCUCCCGCGUUUCUUCAUACGGACCAAAGACGGCAGUGAGCCUCCGCGUGACCACCUCCAGAACUCCUUCUCCUACGUUUGCCACCAGCUGGAAGGCCUCCGGGCGGGACCGGACCGCGGGACGGAGACGGGAAAAGAUGGGGAGAGGCGGCCGAGCUGCAAAAGCGAGGUGCUCGGCGAGGUGCUCGGCGAGGGCGCGUCGCAGUUCGUUCCUCGGGGUCUGUUCCGGAGCCAGAAGAGAGACGGCUGGCCUGUCUUGCUCAGGAUUCCUGAGAAGAAGAACCGCAUGUCCUCACGACAGUGGGGGCCGAUCUACCUGCGCCUGCUGCCGGGAGGCGUGCUGCAGAUGUACUACGAGAAGGGGCUGGAGAAGCCGUUCAAGGAGCUGCAGCUUCUCCCCCAGUACCGGCUCUCGGAUCUUAAACUGGAAAGCUACGGCGAGCCCCGCAAAGUCCUCUCGGUCAAGGUGGAACAUUUCUCGUACGCGGAGAAGAAGCGCUACCACCCGAAGCUGGAGGUCAGCCACGAGGCCGAGGCCGAGGAGCUGCUCAAGUUCGGCUCCACGGCGCACGCCGACAUGGAGGACCUGGUCGUCUCCAUGGAAGAGGAAAUCUUCAAGCUGUGUUUUCCCCGCCAGCAGAGGCGGCACUACGAGGAGCAGGAGCUGUCCCUGCAGAUCACCGAUCACAUCUGGAUUCAGCUGGAUACGCUUGGAGACGUCAUGGAGCGGACAGCCUUCACCCAGAUUCACUGUCUGGCCUUCCUGAACGGACUGGGAGAUUGUUUCCUCGCCCUCAACGAUCUCGGGCUGAUGCGCUUCGACUCCGGCUACGGGACCGAGGAGGACGGGGAACUCUGGAUGGAGAUCGCCGACUGCCGUUUUCACAAGUCUGUGAACGAGUCCGAGUUCCAGAGGUCCCGGCUGGUAAAGUUCUCGCCCCCCGAGUCCUGCAGGGUGGAACUGAUGCGCUACAAGACGGAGGUUUUGGGCUGCACAGAAAUCCCCUUCUCGGUUAAAGCUGUGGUCACAGUUCAAGGCGCCUACGUGGAGCUGCAGGUCUUUCUCAACAUGUCGGCCACCUUCCCGUCCACACUGGGGGUGUGUGAAACGUACCCGCUGUGUGAGAACGUGGUGAUCCGCGUGCCGGUGCCAGGCAACUGGGUCCGAGUGACGCAGACCGCUGCCUUGCUGCGGCAGAGGUCACUGAAGGCCCGGAUGAACAGAACCGCCUGCCUGGGCGCUGUCGGCGCUGCCGAUUCACAGCCCGUCAUGCAGGUGACCAUCGGCACCGUCAAGUAUGAGAAUGUGUACUCGGCCGUGGUGUGGAGGAUCGACAGACUGCCCGCCAAGAAUACGGCGGUGGAUCAUCCUCAUUCGUUUUCCUGCAAGCUGGAGCUGGGAUCCGACCAGGAGAUCCCAAGUGACUGGUACCCGUUUGUCACCAUGGAAUGUGAGAUUAUGGGCGCAGUCGUGUCACAGACCAGGGUGAAGUCGCUGGGCACCGAGAACGACAUCCAGCCGCAGAAACACGUCACCAGUUGGACGCGCUAUCAUUGUCAGACUGAGCCCCCAGCACCAGGGGUGGGCUGGCCAUUGGGGAUGCCAGGGCCACCAUCCUCUAAAUACCUUCAGGCAGGUGGAAUGGACAUCCUGGCAGCUCAUCAAAUGGUUGCGGCUGCAGAAGCAGAGCAGGAGGAUAUGACCAGAAAUGCCAAACUCUACUUGUCCAUAAUUGAUGAUGUCAUUGAGAGUAUGAGGGAGCUCUUCUUGGAUGAAGGGCUUGAAGACCGUGUCCUGGACGAUUUAAAACAUCUUUGGGAGUCAAAGAUGAUGCAGUCAAAAGCAAUGGAAGACUUCAGGAAAAAUAAUAUCAACUCGGCCAACUUUGUACUGCAGCUCCCCACCAACUACAGUCGGAUCAAUCAGGCACUCACAGGUCAACUUUACAAGGUCAAUGUUCCUGUCUUGGUGACUCAGGCCCCAGCAGGUCAGCCACCUCUAUCCCGACUCGCGCAGAACGUCGGUGGGCGGAGAGAAGCUCCUGCCCCUCAGUCAGCUGCAGCCCCACCAAAUGCCUUGUGUCCUCCUCAGGAGGCGCAGCCGCCCUCUCUCCCAGCGACCGGCGGCGAGCAGCCGCCACAGCCAAAGGCCAAUUUCCUCCCCGGGCAGCAGAGCAGCCUCCCCCAGCCGUUGCUAGUUCGUCCUGCUGAGCCCUCGCAGCCUCAGCCCUCUGGCUCGCCAGAGCUAGAGGUCCCGCUGGAUGAAAAUGAGCCAACACCACAACCCAAACCUGUGAACCUCAGUAUGGGCGCCUCACCCUACAGUCAGUUAUUAGACUUCCAGAUCAGCACCGAGGAGGCUUUGACACAGACGGGACCGUUAAAGAGCAGAGACAUCGAUGACAUCCUGAAAGAAGUGAUUGAGGAGGAGAAAAAGAAGGCAGAAAUGGCCAGGAAUCUGGCGCCCGCAAAGACUGACAACCAGUCUGAGGGUGUUCUCGGGCUGGACCUGGACUUCAACUACAGCGAGCUGAUGGACAUCGUACAGCUGGACGGUCCUGCAGGAGACUCUGACAUGGAAGAGGAAGAGCCAGUUUCCCUGGAAGACAACGACUUCCUGGGUAUAAUCAACGCAGAGGCCAUAAAGGCCCUGCAGGGAGAAGAGGGAAGCAGCGACAGCAACAGCAUCUCCUCCAGCAGCAGCAGCGAUGGCGACGGAGCCGAUGGACUCGAUAAAGUCGAGGAAGAGGAUCCUUUGAACUCCAGUGACGAUGUGCUUGAGCAGGACAUCCCAGAUCUCUUUGAGACGGACAACGUCAUUGUUUGCCAGUAUGACAAAAUUCACCGCAGUAAGAACCGCUGGAAGUUUCAUUUGAAGGAUGGAGUGAUGUGUUACGGAGGCAGGGACUACGUGUUCUCUAAAGCUGUUGGGGAAGCCGAGUGGUGA